CAAUAAUAUGUUAAUUAACCGUUCUUGUUGUUGUUCUCACAAUUAUAUAAACACCGUUCUUGUUGUUGUUUUCACAAAGAGACAAUUUUUUCCACCAAAAUUAGAAACUUUUGCAUUCAAUCUACAAUGAUGAGCACCAAACAAGUUAUUACAUGUAAAGCUGCAAUUUGUUGGGGGUCAGGAAAAGGAGUAACAGUGGAAGAGAUUGAAGUUGAUCCACCAAAAGCAACUGAAAUUAGGGUGAAGAUGUUGUGUGCAAGUAUUUGCCACACAGACAUCACAAGCAUUCAAGGUUACCAAUAUAAUAAAUUUCCUCUAGCACUUGGACAUGAAGGAGUGGGUGUUGUCGAAAGUGUGGGUGAUAGUGUAAAAAAUGUGAAAGAAGGUGAUAUGAUAAUUCCAACAUACAUAGGUGAGUGUAAAGAAUGUGAGAAUUGUAUUUCAGGGGAAACAAAUCUCUGCCUAACCCACCCUUUAAGAUUAAGUGGCUUAAUGUCGGAUAACACUUCAAGAAUGUCCAUUCAAGGACAAAGAUUGUACCAUGUUUUGAGUUGUGCUACAUGGUCAGAAUACAUGGUUAUUGAUGCUAAUUACAUUCUUAAAGUUGAUCCAAACAUUGAUCUUGCUCAUGCAAGUUUCAUCUCAUGUGGAUUUACAACUGGUUUUGGAGCUGCUUGGAAAGAAGCUAAGGUUAAAAAGGGUUCAAGUGUAGCUGUUUUUGGUCUUGGAGCUGUUGGAUUAGGGGCUAUAAGUGGAGCCAAGAUGGUGGGAGCAACUAAGAUAAUUGGUAUUGACAAAAAUGAAAUGAGGAGGGAAAAAGGAGAAGCAUUUGGAAUGACUCAUUUUAUAAAUCCUAGUGAUUCCAAUAAAUCAGCUUUAGAAUUGGUAAAAGAACUAAGUGAUGGAAUGGGUGUGGAUUACUCCUUUGAGUGCACUGGAGCUCCUCCUUUACUUACUAUAUCGGUGGAAGCCACAAAAAUGGGUAGAGGUAAAACAAUAGCAAUUGGUGCUGGACUUGAACCUAUUGUUCCUUUUGGCUAUCUUUCCAUUUUACUUGGUAGGACAUUAAAAGGUUCUAUUUUUGGAGGGAUAAAAGCUACAUCAGAUCUUUCCAUCAUUGCUGACAAAUGUCUCAAAGAGGAAUUCCCUCUUGAAGAGUUAUUCACCCACGAAAUUCCAUUGAUAGAUAUAAACAAAGCAUUUGAGUUUUUGAAGCAACCUGAUUGUGUGAAAGUCGUCGUCAAGAUGUGAUCGAUGUGUACUAGCAUUGAUUUCUAGCGAGAUAAAAAUGUCUUUAAGGUUGUUGAAAUAAAAAGAAUGUAACAAAAAUAUCGAUUGAUCAGUGAGUGAAUUAGUUUUCUGAAGAGUUAGUUAGAGAGCAAAACUCUAAUUAACUUUUUAGCAAAUCAUAAUUAAUUUGUUGAUUGAUAGUUAUUUUGUUUUUAUUUUUAUAAGUAAAUAAUUGAAUUAUAAGGAGUUGCAAUUCGGUGAACCUCCAUUAUAUACUAUGGAGGCCGGCUAAUGGAUCAAUACACCAAUCAGAGAACUUAUAACAAGAAUUGUUCCCUAUACGACCUAUAGUUAAUUUGUUGAUUAUCUAUUAGAUCUAUAAUAGAGUGUAUCAUUUUCUAUUGAGAUGAAUCUCUUUAUGUUCUUGUAAUUUUUAACAUAAUGCAAUAAAUAUUAGU